AUGGGUUUACAACAACAACAACACCAACAACAACAACAACAACAACAACAACAACAAGGACUCUCGACCACAAUUGCCGGCUUGCCCCGGCAUCACCAAGUGAUUAGACACCUCAUCCCAACCAACACCAGCAAGAAAGCCGAUCAUGCCAUCAUCGACGAUGAUCCGGACGAGGCCGACCGGAUACGGUGGACCGAGGCCAUUACGGGGAGAAUGAGGGCCGCUAGCCUCGAGAAGCAGCUUUACCACAUGCAAGCCGACAGGAUCGCGUGCGGGGGCGUGGUUUCGAGGGAAUUUGUAUCCCUGGCGACAAGUUACCUCGGGGUUCAUGUUACCACAGAAAACCAGGGAAAAGGCCAACAAAUGACCCGAGCAGAACGUGUCAAGUUCAGACAGUCCCUUCUCGCCGCAUACGACGCCGGAAGAAGCAAAGACGUCAACCUCAUCUUCGAUCCCGCCACCGGCACCUAUCAACAAUCUUGCUACAUGGUUGCGGUACAUAUUGUACCACGCAAGCUAGGCCACGAAACGCUAUCCGCGCUAUUCCAGGGCAGCACCCCGCCAAACCCCUUCUCCCCUGACAACGGCCUUCUCCUCCCCCGCCCAGUCGCGCAAGCUCUCGACCACGGGGCCCUGGCGAUUGUGCCAAAUAUCCAAGACGAAGCGUAUGACAGCCCCGAGGCGCUGACGAAAUGGAAAGAGAAUGAGCCAAAAGAAUACAAGUGGAUAGUCAUCGACGAACAGGCCGAACAUUUUCUGGAUGCGCCUUUUACACCGAAUCGGUCCCAGCCUAACGAUCAAAGGACAUGGAUGACAGUCCGAGAACUGGACGGGAAGCAAUUGCACUUCCGGCCGGGAAGAGAACUCCUCACCCCCGGCAAGGAGGAUUUCAAGUUCAACAUGAACACCCCAUCGUGGCUCACGCUGGGUAUCGACAUUGAAAAAACCCAAGAAAUGGUAGAGAUUGCUUUGCUGGCGCUUGCGAGAGCGAUUGAGAUCCGGCAAACAAGAUUGGAAGAAGAAGCGGCGGAAGAAGUAGGAGAGGAAGAGCUGAGAGAUGAAGAAGACGAAUUCGAUUGGAACAGUCGUCGUUUACCCUACUGGGAAUUUAGUAAUGACGAGAUGGUGGAGAAGAUGAUGGGGAAGGUGAUGGAGAAGGUGAUGGGGGGAGAAGAAAGAGUAGAUGAUGGUGAUGAUGAUGACGAGGAGGAGGAAGAGGGGAGCGAUGAUGACGACAGUUCUUGGGACUUCUGCUUGUAA